AUGAUGUCUGAACGAGCUAAGCUUCACACAGCCUUAACUUUUUUACAAUUCUGUCAUGCAGGAAAUCAUAUAUUUCUCAGAACUGCACUCAAUACAGGAGUCAUCAAGCUUGUUUUUCCUGUCUAUAGAAACAUCAUUGCUUUCAUUCUUCUAGCUCCGCUCGCAUAUUUCACUGAAAAGAAAGAUAGGCCACCAAUAACCAGUUAUUGUUUGUUACAUUUUUUCCUACUUGGACUUGUAGGAAUAACUAUGAACGAAGGAUUUUACCUUGUGGGUUUGGAUAAUACAUCGCCAACAUUUGCUUCUGCUAUGUAG